AUGUCCGCCCUGCUACGAUUGGCGAUGAACGCGCCGAAAAUCAGUCGAUUCGUGGCGGAGACACAAAAACGCACCAUCUUCCCGCAAGUUCGACACUUUACAAUGACGGCGGUUCGGAAAACCGGCGAUUUCGAGUAUGAGGUGAGCGAAAAAACAAAGUCUUUGAGUAAAAAGCAAGUUUAGGACCCGAAGAGCGAGGACGAGGUGGUGAACAUCACAUAUGUGUUGCGAGACGGAACAGAGAAGAAGAUUCGCGGCAAAGUCGGCGACAAUGUCAUGUUCUUGGCGCACAGGUGGAAUUUUUGUUCAAAAUCGUUCAAUUUCAAAAAAUUUUAAACAACAAACAUCUACUCUCUAGUCCAGCUACCGUAAUGCAUCAAAAGCUGGUAGGCUAGAAUCCGAACGCAUUUCCUUUUCCAGAUACGACAUCGAAAUGGAGGGCGCGUGCGAAGGCUCUCUGGCGUGUUCAACGUGCCACGUAUACGUCGAUCAGACGCACUAUGACAAACUGCCCGAACCACUGGAAGAGGAGGACGAUAUGCUCGACAUGGCAAGUUGGCCACACUGAUAAUCUGUCUGAAAGUUGAUGAAUUUCAGGCGCCCGCCCUACGCGACAACUCCCGGCUCGGCUGCCAAAUAAUCCUGACGAAAGAGCUCGACGGAAUGACCGUAACACUACCGACAAUGACGCGCAACUUCUACGUCGACGGACACGUGCCGAAGCCUCACUAG